AUGGAUAUGAACCAUUUGAUAGGUCAGCGUUUCAACCUGAUCUCAAAGAGCGACAUCCGCUAUGUCGGCACCUUGCAUGACAUCAAUGCCGAAGAGUCCACGAUCUCCCUUGAAAAUGUGAAGUCGUUUGGUACCGAGCGCCGCCGAGGCAACCCGGAAGAAGAGGUCCCGCCGUCGGCCAACAUUUUUGAAUACAUCGUUUUCCGCGGUAGCGACGUCAAGGAUAUCAGCAUGGCAGAAGAGAAUGGCCCCCCAGUCUCGGAAGACCCCGUCGUUGGCUCGGUAAGUUUCACUGACCUCACUUGCAAUCUCAUAAGCGUUCCUCUUCCUUCCCUUGGCGAAAUGCUUCUCUGCUUUCGCCACGGUCGGACGCCUGAUCAAAUGAUGAACCAUUUCGGAUGUGAAAACAGACCUGUUCUGAAUAGCGCAAAAACCCAGAACAUGCCUCAGCCUGGUCCCGGUCCAGCUCCCGAGGCUGGAGCUAGUGCUGCUGCAGGUACCCCCGGUCUUGCUCCUCAACAACCCCAGCUCGCUCAGCAAAUUCCUCCCGGCUAUCCCCCGCAACCUCAAUUCCAACAAGGUUUUUAUCCUCCCUAUGGACGUGGUUUCCCCCCUGCUCCAUUCCCUGGCCCUGGUGGUUCCGCUGGCCCCGCUGGAUUCCCCAAUCCCAACAUGCCGCCGUAUGGACCGCCCCAGGGAUGGUAUCCUCCCCCCGGCCAUGGUUUCCCACAAGGUCCCGGCCAAUUCCCACCCCAUGUGCCCAUUGGACCCCCAGGUCACCAGCCACCGCCUCAGCAGCAGCGACCUGGACCUCCCGCGGCUCCCACUGGUCCUAGCGCUACCUCGGAACUUCCUUCGGGAGACAAUGCGACACCUGCGGCCCGGAACGCUCCUACUCCGCCAGUCGAGUCAAAGCCUUCCGUGACCGAAGCAAUUCAAGGAUCUGUUCCCCAGGCCGCGCCUGUGCACCCUGCUCAGAGAAACGGCCGGGCCAUGCCGGCCAUUCCCAUCGCUGCUCCUCGGCCCGUUGCCUCUAUUCCUACCGCUCCUGCUGCCGCAACCCAGGGGGGGGCGCACACUGACGCGACCGCUGCCGCUGCCAAUGCCGUUGCCGCCGCCAUGGCUAAACUUCCUCAGCCUGGUGCCCAACAGAAGCCAGGUCAAGCUGACCCUUCCGUUGAUGCCAUUACUCGGCAGGUGAAUGAUAUGCGUCCAUACGAUGGAACUCAUGCCCCUCGCGGUGCCCAUCACCACCCCCGUGGUGGACGCGGAGGUGCCCGCAACCAACAUAAGAAGAUUGAAAUCCCCAAAUCGGAUUAUGACUUCGAGACUGCAAAUGCCAAGUUCAACAAGCAGGAUCUUGUGAAGGAAGCCAUCGCUACUGGCUCCCCCGCUGCCGAGGCCGAGUCUCACGAACUCCAUACGCAUGAGGAAGUUGAUGAUUCCGCGCACAAUACCUACAACCGCACUGCUUCUUUCUUCGACAACAUUUCGAGCGAGGCUCGUGAUCGUGAGGAGAACGCUGCUGCCCGCGUGGGCGGUCGCGAGUGGCGUGGCCAAGAGGAACAGCGCAACAUUGAGACUUUCGGUCAAGGUAGCGUUGAUGGCUACCGUGGUCGCGGCCGCGGCCGUGGACGUGGCUAUGGCCGUGGCCGUGGUUACGGUCGGGGUUAUGGUGGACGUGGUCGCGGUGGCAUGCGUGGUGGACGUGCCUCUUCGCAGUCCACUGGCAUUCCUUCCCAAGUCUAA